AUGGCGGGAAGGAAUGAUGUUGCGAUUGCUGCUGCCUUGGAGGCAAUGGCUCAAGCUUUGGAGCAUCAGCUGAAUGGUGGUGAGAAUGAUGCGUCUUGCAAUUUGGCUACCUUCCAGAGGAAGAAUCCACCUGUUUUCAAGGAGCAUAAGGUUUGGUAUGGGACUCAUCAGUUAGCGGUUGAAGCUGAUGUUUGGUGGCUCGAGACUUGUGAGAGAUUGGAGGCUAGUGGCGAAGGAGUCACUUGGGCUUUUUUCCGUAGGGAGUUCUUGAGGAAGUACUUUCUUGAAAAUUGCAUUAAGUUUGAGAAUGGAUUGCGUUCCGAGAUCAAGAAAGCGGUUGGUUACCAAAAGAUUCGUGUCUUUGUGGAUUUGGUUGAUUGUUGUCGUAUCUUCGAGGAAGACAGUAAUGCGCACUAUAAGAUGGUUAAUGAGAAGAGGAGUAAGAUUCAACAAGGUCGUGGCAAGCCUUAUGAUGCUUCUAGUGGCAAGGGUAAGCAGAGGGCUUAUGAGGGCAAGAAGACUAGUGGGGGAGAUGCUCCUGCUGGUAUAGUAUGCGUUAAGUGUGGCAAAGUCGGUCAUCAGAGCAAUGUGUGUACUGCUGAUGUGAGUAGGUGUUUCCGUUAUGGACAACCUGGUCAUGUCGUACCUGAGUGCAAGCGUAAGGAUGUGGUGUAUUUCAACUGUGGUGAAGAGGGGCACGUUAGUACCAAGUGUCAGAAACCGAAGAAGGAGCAAUCUAGUGGAAAGGUGUUCGCCUUGUCGGGAACUCAAACCACCAGUGAGGACAAACUCAUCUAA